UGGUGAUUGUCAUUGAUUUGUAUUGUUAAUUGGUCAAACAAAAGAUAAUUUUAUUGUUCUUUUGUAGAUUAUGCAUAUUUGAAUGAAUAUAUCAUAAUUUAGUUUAUGACUUGUUUCUUUGUGUUCUACUAGCAUUAGUCCCGAAGCCUUGAAUAGAAACACUAGUUCGUGAACUCGCGAUGUACAUAACAAAUAAUUUAGUCGGCCAGUGCUUUUGUUUUCGAAUUUUCAACUUUUAGUAGUUGAUUCUACGUGAAAAUCUACGAGGAUAUUUCAGUAAAUUUUUUUAAUUGUUGUUAAGUUGACCAGUUAAUCUAAUUAACCAUGUCUAGGUGUGAUUUUAAAGUGGUUUUAUUAGGUUGUGAACAUGUUGGAAAAACCAGCUUGGUUAUAAGAUUUGUUACUUGCAGCUUUAACGGUAAUGCCCCAUAUCAAAAUACGAUCGGUGCAGCAUUUUGUGCCAAAAAAAUGUACUCGAAAGGAAGGGAUUUCAACGUUGGGAUAUGGGACACUGCUGGUAGUGAAAGAUAUGAAUCCAUGACUAAAACCUACUAUCGUGGCACACAUGCAGCUAUAAUCUGCUACGAUCCUUGCGACAUCUACUCGUGGGAGAGGCUCCAGCAUUGGAUGCGAGAACUAAGGAUCGUGGAAGAGGACUGCAAGGUAUACCUCUGUGGUACCAAGAAGGACAUCGUGGACUCGGGCGCGGCCGCCAGGGAAGUGUCCGAGGAAACUGUCGCCAAUUACUCUAAGGGUCUGAACGGCCACUUCCUUACAUCCAGCAAAACUGGAGAGAAUGUCGAGGAACUUUUCCAAAAAGUCGUCGACGACUGCGUAGCUGAUCUGAAACUGAUGAAAGAUGUCGAAGAGCAUAGGCGGCAACUAAUAACAAUAGAGCCGGUGAAACAUAAACGGUUUUGUGCAUGUUGAUGUAAUAAUAACUAUAUUUUUGUAUGGCAACACUAGCAAUAAUAGUGUUUGCAUUAACCAAACACGGGCUAGAAUCCAGGGCUGUAAAAUUUAUAAAAAAAAUAAUAAUAUUAAAAAGCUUUACUAAGAAUUUUAGCGGGAAAAUUUUUACUAUGUAAUGUGUUUUUUUUUUAUUUACGACAAUUUAUUAUAAUUUUUUAAAAAGCUUUAUUUUUUUUGUCUAUUGUCACAAAAAUAUUAUUAUUGUCUUAUAAAUAAGGGUCAAAAUAUUUAAUGUUUUAAGCUUAGAUCUUGUGCCUCUAGCUUAGAUUAUAUAGAUAGAGUGUCUCCACGCAAAUACUUUGUCAAUCGGCCAAAUAUUAGUUUAAAAAAUCUUAUCUGGGAAAUUUUUGUUCCAAUUACUUGCAACACUGAAAAAUGUGUGUUUUUAUUAAAAAAAAAAUACAUUUGUCAUAUUUUUGUGAGCCAUUCGUCAAAUUAGCUUACUGAAUUUUUACAUGUUUUUUACAUUCGAUCUGUAUAUAAUCUAUAUAAUAUCUAUAAUUUAAAGCCUCUAGAUGUAGUGUCAGGUCUCAAAAAAUGUCGCAAAGAACUGUUGACUGACGUUUUUUAUUCGUUUUAUGCGAAAUUAUAAAAAUAUAGUAUUGACAAUAAAAUAAAUUUAAAAAAACGAACGGCCUGUAUUCUAGAAGCAAAAAAUUAAAAGAUCAAUACAAUUUUUUAUUGUAUAAAAGGGUCUGAUUUAAAAAAAAAAGUUGGGCAGUUUGUCUAUGCAUUUCUAGAGAGACGCUUUAUCUGUGUUUAUAAUCUAUUAUAUAUGUGUAUUAAUUGCUCAGAGCAACAAAAAUAUAGAUGCAUUUUAAGGUCACAAAACAAUGCUAAAAAUUUGUCAUUUCUUUUUUUUUUUAUUGUAGUAAUGUAAAGGUGUUGCCAGAAAUAACUUCUCAAAUUACCCCAAAUUACUAGGAUUUUUUUAAUGUUAAAGUCUCGUUAUAAAUUCUUCGUCUUUGAUAAAUUUUAUGUAAUGGUCUAAGCAUUGAAUUACUCCAUUUAUUAAAAUAUAAAAAUUGCAAAACUUUAUAUAGCUUUAAAACAUAUUAAUAUUAAAAAAAAAAACAUACAUUGAUAUACAACCUUUUUUUUGUUGGUCUGAACUUAAUAUGAAUUGUCUAUGCUCUCUCUCUCUUUUGACGGUACAAAAGAUACCAUAAGUCUAUAAACCACAAACGUCCCACUACUGGGCAUAUGAUCUCACUAUGUAUAAAGUAGACAUCCAACUCUCAUGCCAGUACGCUCGUCAUGUUGUUUCUUACCACCACCACCAACAGUGAGGGUUGAUAGGUGAGGAUGGUGGCAGAUCAGUUGAUACCAUCGUGUAUUCCACUAGUGUCAGCCACGACAGCUUCCGAGACCGCGUGGAUAGUAUAUUGCUAGCAACGUGACCCCUGAAAGUAUUUUUCACGUUACCCAUUUCCUGUAGUAUAAAAAAACAUGUGAUAUUUAUUAUAUUCUAUUUUAGUUCUGUACUGCCGUGCGGUCCCGGCAUAGAAUAGGCCACCCCUUCCUUUUCCGUGGGUGUCGUGAGAGGCGACUAAGUGAGGGCCAGGGAUGGACAGCAGCGUCUCUCUUUAAACAUCUGUAAAGCCUAACUGCGGUUGCCAACUCGCCUGCCAAGCGUUGCAACUACUGGCAGACCCCCCAAGGGGGGAGAAGGGAUUGUUAGUAAUGGAGACUGAGAAUCCCAUUGCUAGCAGUAUAACCAGGUCGACCUCCUCGCGUUUCUCCCUGGAAACUGUCAUGGUUAAUUCUUGAUGAAUUUAUCAUGAUGGGCUAACUGGCCUGUUUUCAUUCUCAUCUAUCACCCUUCACUGGGGCCCCGCCAGCGUAUCCCGUUAGUGCAGGCGGGGUUACCAUAUCAUUUUCACCUAUCAAAAAAAAACCCCAAGGGAGAGGCUUAUGUUCAGGAGUGGAGAGUUAAAGGCUGAUGAUGAUGAUGAUAUUAGUUUAAGUUGUUUAUUGUAUCAGCCAUUAACUGGCCACUGCUCUACAUUGCCUUCCCCAUAAAGAGGAGUUCGCCGGUAGUUGCCACGCUUGGCAGGUGCUUGGUAACCGCAGUUUUUUUUAUAUAACUUAGAAUGGCAAACAAGCUGAUGGCCCACCUGAUGGAAAGUGGUAACUGUCGCCUAUACACAUGAGCAGUACCAUGGACAUGACAGAGUAUACUGUUUCGCCCAUGAUACCCCCCAUGCGUUGCCAUUCCUGAGGACUCGGGUGUUAUUCCUCUGUACCCUGUAAAUUCACGCCAUAUCCCACCCUUCAAACCGAAACACAGCCAUGCAGACAACUGCUUCACGGUUGAAACACAAAUGGGACAGAGGUACCCAAGCAAUCGACUUUUGUACAAAGUCUCCCUCUGGUUAAACUUUAUAGAUGUUUUAAGAGGGACGCUGCUGUUCAUCCCUCUAUCAAUGAGCUCCCUUAAUCGCCUCUCACGACAUCCACGGGAAAGGAAGGGAUGGGCUACUCUAUGCCGGGAUUACACGGUCAAUUAAUCACACUAAAUAUGUCAAUUAGGGGGGAAAGGGAUUGUUAGUAAUGGAGACUAAAAAUCCCAUUGCUGGCAAUAUACCCAACCAGGUCGACCUCCUCGCGGUUCCCCCUGGAAACUAUCAUGGUUAAUUCCUGAUGAAUUCAUCAUGAUGGGCUAACUGGCCUGUUUUCAUUCUCAUCUAUCACCCUUCACUGGUGCUCCGCCAGCGUAUCCCGUUAGCGCAGGCGGGGUUACCGUACCAUUUUCAUCCACCAAAAAAAAAUAUGUCAAAUAACUGUGCAUUAGAUUAAUUUUCUUGACGUUUUUCCGAUAAUGUGUGGUCUUUUUUUUUGUAAUACUGUACAAAGACUGGGCCCAAAGUGAAACAGCUUUAUAUAUUUAUAACAGCCAUUUAACAUGUUUUUUUUAAUUCAAUUAACUUUUAGAUUAACUUGUGGAUAAAUAAUCUUUUAUAGUUUCCACUAAGAUCAAUUUUUGUAAUGAAAUAAAAGUGCUUUGUAUAUUUUCA